AAUUUUCUUUUCAUUGACCUAGGAAAUAAAAUUAUAUAUACACGAAAUAUUGCAGAAAAAUAUUAGUUUACUAUAGAAGGUAAUUUUUAAUUUCCAUCUAUAGUAGUGGUAUUUUUCUUGUGGUUAUCGUUAGUUGACCUAACUAAGAAGAUAAUACUAGAUAUUUAGUUAAAUUAAUCCAUCUUACCUGUAACGAAGAGCACUUCUUAUAAUUAUUUGUUAAGUCAAUAAAACUAACCAUUUUUAUUUAGCUUAAAUAACGAAGAUAAUUUAUAAAAUACUAUAUGGCCAUCAAUUUCUGUUGCACUUUGGUCUACAGUUUGAGUCCAAUGGUUCACCCACCUUACCAAGUUAGGCCCCGUUACUUUUAAAAUAGUCAAAAAGCAUCCUAAACCCAACACUCUCCUCCUCUAUAUUUACUAACGACUUUACCUUCCAAACUCUCACCAAAGUUUCUUGUCCUUCUUCUAACCACAGAUCAAAAAAACAAUCAUCUUUGAUCGCAUGACAAUGGAUUGGUUCUCAUGGCUAUCGAGAACAAAUCUGGAAGAUUCGCUCACAUACGAGUACGGUCUCUCCUUCUCACACAACGAGCUCGAGUACGAAGACAUUGCUUACUUCAACCACGAGUUUCUCCAGAGCAUGGGUAUCUCCAUCGCCAAACACCGCCUCGAGAUCCUCAAACUCGCUCGGCGACAUACUAAACCGUCUCGUUCUAUUUCCAGAAUGCUGAUCGCGAUUAGGAAGACCGGGAAGUGCUUGUCCGAGUACGUCCGUGCCAUGAUGAGACGUGAGGAAUCGUCUCAGGCUCUCGUAGUUGUGAAAUGGUCAAAGAGGAACAAGAGCAACGGAAAAGAAGAGAGACUUCUUCUGACGAAUGGGACUCCAUGUAGGCUGGAUAGCUUCUCCAGUUACACGGGUUUCGAUCAUUACAGUUCGAAUGAUGAUGAUGUUUAUUGUGGGAAAAAUUUACAAGAGGAGGAGGUUAUUAUAAAGUGGGAUUCAAUGUUCCAGAAUCUGAAACCAACUUGAAACAAUCAGAUAAAAAUAGUUGGUUUAAGGGUUCUUCCACCAUGUUAUUCAAUGAGUUUCCAACUUUCUUGUCUUCCAAGUGUGUGUGUGUGUGUUUCUAUGUUUGGUCGGAGUAAUUAGCUUUUGUAGACAUUUUAAUAACAGAGGAGUUAGUUCUGUGUUCAUGUUACCAAA